UAUUCUUGGCAAACAAAAGACUUCUCCGUCAGCUCUGCAUUUCUAUCGAAUCGAGCUGCAUCCAUUAUUAAUCAUGCAACGACGCAGUUUCUUUUGUUGCUAUUACAUUAGUGUUUGUUGCGGUGGAAGCGAGGCGGAAAUGGGCCCGUUUUGUGUAAUAGAAAAGCGAAUGCGCUUCCCCCUCGGAAGUGGCGAUCAAAAGGGGGGCCCCUCCCUUUGGAGUUUUGUUAGUCGGCCACUGAUUUGCCUCAGCACGGCAGUCAGUCGGUGUCACGGUGUCGUCGCCGCAGAAUCGAUGUUCUUUUUGUCUCGCCGGCGCAAACACGAUGACGACGAAAACGCAGCAGCGGAACUACGUUUGGGACAGAUGGGGUAUGGAGAACAAUCUGGUGGCGGAGUUUUGCGCUCACACAGGAGCAGACCCAGGUGUAGCCCGGAACAUCCUACAAGCCGAGAACUGGGACCUUCACCUGGCAGUCAAAUCGUACAACUUUCUGAUGAUGGGCCAUGAGACGGUGCCGACCUCCACCUCUUUGCGACCUCUGCUCCUGAACGGCAGCACACACGUUCCUCCACCGCCGCCUGUACCACCACUGCCCGCCUCGCUAUCUGUUCCAUCCAGCCGUCCAGUUUUGCAGAAAGCAGAAGCUGUCGACUUCACUGAAGGAAAAAAGUUGACAAGAGGAAUCUCAAGAGCGACAGACAAUGUCAAUUUGGUGUCAAAGGCUCGUUCAGAAUUCGCACUUGACUUCAGAGAUAACAAUGCCUUGGUGAAUCUGAACCAGUACUUUAUCGAAACACCUGUUUACACCUUCACACUGCCAGAUCUCACAAUAUACGCAGAUGAUUUUCGAGCCUUCUUGGAAAAAGACUUGAUUGAGAAGUCAACUUUAGCAUCAUUAGAACAGUCAGGUAGAUUGAAUUGGUGGGCGGAUGCAGGAGCUUGUCAGAGACUAUGGCCGCUGGCCACCUCGGGCGAUGGAAAUUGCCUUCUCCAUGCUGCAUCACUAGGAAUGUGGGGCUUCCAUGAUCGUCUUCUCACCCUGCGAAAGGCGCUGUACAACUUCCUCACCAACAGCGACUGCAAAGCAGCUCUUUGGAGGCGUUGGAGGUGGCAGCAGACUCAACUGAACCAGCAGGCAGGCUUAGUGUACACUGAAGUGGAGUGGAAGAAAGAGUGGGACAGCAUCGUGAACAUGGCUUCGACAGCUCCCAGAAAGGGCACCACCUCGCGCAGAAGGAGCAUGGCCUUUGAUUCGGCUUUUGGAAAGCAAGGGGAUGAUUGUUCUGAAAAUGCUGUAUACGAAAGCCUGGAAGAGGUUCACGUUCUUGCGUUGGCCCAUGUCCUCAGGAGACCAAUCAUUGUGAUAGCUGAUCUUGUCUUGAAGGAUGUUAAUGGAGAAGCAUUGGCUCCCAUUCCUUUCGGUGGCAUCUACCUCCCUUUAGAAUGCCCUCCACAGGAGUGCCACAGGUCUCCGCUAGUUUUGACUUAUGAUGCAGCUCAUUUCUCAGCUCUAGUUGUUAUGGAAAAGGAAUCUUUUGUUGAUAAGGCACCUCAACCACCAGCUGUGAUUCCACUGACUGACUCUGAUCAUGAGCUGCUUCCUAUUCAGUUCAGUAUCGAUCCUGGCGAACAAUUUGUCUGGGGCCGCGACGAGCACAUCCCUAAUUUAGCCAGCCGCUUUACUCUUGCACAAAAGGACAGACUGGGCCUGUUGAGGGAGUACUUGGACGUCAUCACCGUGCCCCUGACACCUUCAGAUGGCGGAGAAAACGGAGAGUUGGAACUCGAAGGUUCUUCGCCAGUGGAGGAAGAGGAAAUCGAGCGGCGCCUCUCCGAAGUCGACCUCGAGUGUGAUGAGAUGAGCAGCUCCUCCGACAGUGGCGUCUACAAAAGCAAGGCCGCCAAGCAGCUGCAGUCGGUGGCAAAGCAGUUUGGCAGUAUCGGCAAGUCUAUGAGCAAGCGCAUCAAAAAGAACUUUGGCAGCAUCACCAAAAUGACCCGCAACAACUCGCUUAAGAAGAAGCAUGGCCCCAGCGGCAAGAAGGAACACGAGGGCCAAAAGCAGAGUCAGGACCACAUUUUGUGUGCGAUCCUGCACACGGAAAAGCGACACGAGUACCAAGAGGAGAUGGUUCGCAAUUACCUCCAGUCCGCUAGGAUAAGAUUCGACAAAGACCUCGAGUUGAGGUGUCGACACGCAGAGGAGCGGCGUGCCAAAGACGAUGACCGAUUGCGCGACCUGGCCGAAUUGGAGGGUCCGUCGCUGUGCGUCAACCAGGGAUGCAAUCUGUAUGGCACGGCGAUGACCAGCUACCUCUGCUCUGGCUGCUACGCUAAGCAGAAAGAGCACAUCAACUCUCCUCUCAUGAGCAGGGCAAACGAGGCCAAGUAUGGAACCGGCCGGUCCAAGUUUUACGCCGAGUCCAACGCCGAGGCGUAUCAAAUGGCGUCCAAAAUUCCGCUGAGCAGAGCAGGGAGUAACAAUGACCAAACGCUGUACCUGUCCAAGUCCACCUUCUACAAUGAUACGGGCAGCCCUGCGCUCAGCAGAAAGAACAACUGGGAGACCAACUUCGUGGCGCAGGGCCACGUGACAGUGGUGCCGGUGAACAACACCUCAAGCAGCAGCUCGCCGUCCAACAUCAGGAGGGACUACGCAGGGUUCAAAAUGCUGGAUACAGCCAGUUCGCGGCCUUGUCGAACGCCCGACUGCAAGUUUUUUGGAUGCCCUGACACAGACUUCUACUGUUCAAAGUGUCACAAAGAGAAUCACCUGUUGCUGAGAAGCAUGAAUAUCCAAGAGAUGCGGAUCUAAAAUUGUGAAUUCCUAGUUUAUCCAAGCUUACCAAAUAUUGUUAUGUGAAAGUCCACACCAAGCAUUAAUGUCACUGUGGAAACGGAUAUUAAUUCUCACUCUUGUCUCGCGCGAUCAGAGUGCUUGACUUUUGUCUGAUUAUUAAGAAUUCUCAUCAACCUUCUGAGAUUAUGUGUUGCAUACUACACGCCUGGCAGUGCCAAAAAUUAACCUGACGCAAUAACCCUGGUUUCGAUAUUUUUCCUUUACUUCUGGAUGUACUUAAUCCGCUUUAAAUUGCAAACUAUUUGCUUAUAUGAUUGGAAUUAUCUUUCAAUUGUCGGAGAGUAUAAAUAUACUUAAAUGGCAGUUAAAUGCCAGAUUCCAAAAGUAAUAAGGUAAUAACACAAAUUUUGUGAAUUUGUAUGUGAUGUUAAAAAUAAUAAGAAUCUUGUUAACAUUGUGAGCUCUCAUUUAAGCAAGUAUUUUUGAUGAGAUACUUAAAAAAUAAUGUAAGAAUUUACGUAUUUUCAACUGAAUGUUUGUAAAGCGAAUUUAAUAAGUUAGUCUGUGAGGUAUUUUCAUCUAGUUCUCUUUUCAGUAUAAUACAUACUUAAUUUUUACAAAAAUGUAUGGAACUAAAAAGCGCAUCUUCUGCUAACCCCAGAGUUCCUUUGUAAACUGGAAAGUAUUGAAAAAAAUUAAACUAUAACAAAGUAUUAUCUAAAAUUGAGAGCAAUCCUCGUUUAUUGCUACAGCCUCUUUGCUGAGUGUAAUCGUCAAAAUGAUCAAAGAAAAUAAAAAACAUUUUUAUUAUUUAAUCUGCAUCCAAAUAA